CUUUUAAUUCCAUCUACACUCUUUGUUACCUCAAAGUUUGUAUCUUUUCGUGUUGAACACUCGAAUCCCGCGUGAUUUGUUGGUAAAAGAUGGCAAUGAUUAUGCUUCAUGGGACUCUCCAUGCUACAAUUUACGAAGUCGAUACGAUCAGUGGUGCCUCGGGUGGAAAUCUUUUUACCAUGAUCAGGCAAAAUAUUGAGGAGACUGUUGGUAUUGGAAAGGGAGCUCCAAAAAUCUAUGCAACCGUUGAUUUAGAGAAAGCAAGAGUGGGAAGGACUAGGAAAAUACUGAAUGAUCAUAAUCCAAAAUGGAAUGAGUCUUUUCACAUUUACUGUGCCCAUACAGCUUCAAAUAUCAUAUUCACUGUGAAAGAUGAUAAUCCUAUUGGGGCGACGUUGAUCGGAAGAGCAUAUGUGCCUGUGGAGGAGGUGUUGCAGGGUGAGGAGAUUGAUAAAUGGGUUGAAAUAUUGGAUGUGCACAAAAAACCAGUACAAGGUGAUUCAAAGAUCCAUGUGAGGCUGCAAUACUUUGAUAUCAAGAAAGAUCGAUGCUGGGGUCGAGGCAUUAGGAGUCCUAAGUUUCCUGGAGUUCCCUAUACCUUCUUUGCACAAAGACAAGGAUGCAGGGUAUCUCUGUACCAAGAUGCUCAUGUGCCUGAAAACUUUAUCCCCAAGAUUCCACUUGCUGGAGGCAAGACUUAUGAGCCUCACAGGUGCUGGGAGGAUAUUUUUGAUGCAAUCACAAAUGCAAAACACUUGAUAUACAUUACUGGUUGGUCUGUUUAUACCGAGAUUUCCUUGGUAAGGGAUUCUAGGAGGCCAAAGGCCGGUGGAGAUUCUACACUCGGCGAGCUUCUUAAGAAGAAGGCAAGUGAAGGUGUUAAGGUGUUGAUGCUUGUUUGGGACGAUAGAACAUCGGUUGGUUUGUUGAAAAAAGAUGGAUUGAUGGCUACUCAUGAUGAAGAAACAGCACAGUUCUUCUCUAACACUCAAGUAAACUGUUGUUUAUGCCCCCGAAAUCCUGAUGAUGGAGGUAGCAUUGUUCAGAGUUUCCAAAUUUCUACCAUGUUUACUCAUCACCAGAAGAUUGUUGUUGUGGACAGUGAGAUGCCGGGUAAAGGAACACAUAUGCGAAGGGUUGUGAGUUUUGUUGGGGGUAUUGAUCUUUGUGAUGGAAGAUAUGAUACAGCAUUCCACUCACUCUUCAGAACCUUAGACACAGCACACCAUGAUGAUUUUCAUCAACCUAACUUUCCUGGAGCGGAUAUCUCAAAAGGCGGUCCUAGGGAGCCUUGGCAUGAUAUCCACUGCCGGCUCGAAGGGCCGGUAGCUUGGGAUGUUUUGUUUAACUUUGAGCAGAGAUGGAGGAGGCAAGGUGGAAAGGAUGUACUUCUCCAUAUGAGAGAGCUCGAAAAUUCCAUUGUUCCCCCCUCCCCUGUGAUGUUUCCUGAAGAUCAUGAGACAUGGAAUGUUCAGUUAUUCAGAUCAAUUGAUGGUGGUGCUGCUUUCGGUUUCCCUGAUAGUCCUGAAGAGGCUGCCAAAGUAGGCCUUGUUAGUGGCAAGGAUAACAUCAUAGACCGUAGUAUUCAAGAUGCUUAUAUCCAUGCCAUUCGUCGUGCCAAGAAUUUCAUCUAUAUUGAAAAUCAGUACUUCCUUGGAAGCUCUUAUAACUGGAAGCCUGAGGAUAUUAAGCCUGAAGAUAUUGGUGCUUUACAUCUAAUUCCAAGGGAGCUUUCCCUUAAGAUUGUUAGUAAGAUUGAAGCCGGGGAACGAUUUGCUGUGUAUGUUGUGGUCCCAAUGUGGCCGGAAGGUGUGCCGGAGAGUUCAUCAGUUCAGGCUAUAUUGGACUGGCAAAGAAGGACAAUGGAGAUGAUGUACAAGGACAUUACUGAGGCUCUCCAAGCCAAGGGUAUCGAGGACGAUCCUCGGAACUAUUUGACAUUCUUCUGCCUUGGUAAUCGCGAGGUGAAGAAGGAUGGAGAGUAUCAGCCUUCUCAAAAACCAGAGCCUGGUUCGGAUUAUGAGAACGCCCAAAAUGCCCGCCGCUUCAUGAUUUAUGUUCAUACCAAGAUGAUGAUUGUUGAUGAUGAAUACAUAAUUAUCGGAUCAGCCAACAUCAACCAAAGAUCAAUGGACGGUGCGAGGGACUCCGAAAUUGCCAUGGGAGGUUACCAGCCUUACCACUUGGCAACCAGGCAGCCGGCGCGUGGCCAGAUCCAUGGUUUCCGAAUGGCAUUGUGGUAUGAACACCUUGGCAUGCUUCAUGACUCAUUCCUGAGGCCAGAAAGCAAAGAAUGUAUCAGCAGGGUGAACAAAGUUGCUGAUCAGUAUUGGGAUCUCUUCUCUAAGGAGUCACUUGAGCAUGACCUUCCCGGCCACCUGCUCCGAUACCCGAUCAGCGUUGCCAGUGAGGGACACAUCACAACUCUUCCUGGAUUCGAAUGCUUCCCGGACACGAAAGCGCGAAUUCUUGGCGCCAAAGCAGAUUACCUGCCCCCUAUCCUUACUACUUAGUUUCCUUUUCUUACCAUGUUCA